AUGAUGCGCCCUUCUAUGACCUUGCUGCGCGCCGGGCGUGUUCUCACCACAUCCCAAGCUCCCGCCACGCCGCGGAUGUUCUCAACGUCAUCCCAUCUCCGAACAGACAUUAGCAGCAGCGCCUUGCCCAAACAGAAGCCUGUUGGCGCUUUUCGCGGGGGAUUGUUCGGCUUCUUGCUCGGCUCUGUCGCCGCUGGCGUGUCCGUGUAUUACUACGUGCUCAAGGAGUACAGAGUCUCAAAUGAGCUUUUGACAGAGGAUAUUUAUAGCCUUCAAAGCGCUUCACAAAGGCUAAACUUGUACAUCACUGAGCUGGAGACCAAGAUCGAUCAGCUAAACAAAAAGAAAUAA